UAUCGAAGAAAUUGCAGUGUUGUGUUCAUUCUCUUUUCAGCGAAGAGCCCCAAAAGAAGAAGAACAACAAAUUUCGAAAAUAGAGAAAGAGAAGAAAUUUACAAUGGAUUCAAAGACGAAGCAGAUGAUUCUAUCAGCUCUCUGCAAACACUUCUCAUUGGAUCCUGAACCUUUUCUUGGUGGAGCUGGUGAGAGUGAUGUCAAGACGCUUUAUUCUAAUGUUUUGAAGGCAUCUGGAAAGGAAGUGUCUGCACAAAACAAUGAGGUAUUGAAGUGGCUGGAUUUUGCAGAAGGUUUCCCUGCAAUUUCCAAGGAUUGCUUUGCAGCUCUUGAAAAGUUGAAUGUUGAGUUAGGUACCAAGUCGGUGCUCUUGGGAAAUGGAUUGACGCCAUCAGCGGCUGAUGUAGCUGUGUUUUCAGCUGUGCAUUCUUCAGUGCUUGGCCUCUCAGAUUCAGACAAGGAGAAAGUACCACAUGUCAUAAGAUGGAUAAAUUACAUCCAGAACAAAGAAGAAUUGUCAACAUUAUUUGCUCCAAUUCCUGUGAAGUUAUCAGUGUUUGACUUCGAGGUAUCAAAAAGUGUUCCUAAGGUGGAAGCAAAUUCUAAUACCAAAAAAGCUACUGAAGGUGUAAAGCCUGUUGACAAGUCAGAAGCGCAGCCGAUCACAAAGAAAACUGAGCCUGAGGAACCAAAGAAAAAGGCGACAACAGAGAAGGAUGCCAAAAAAGAAAAGAAGAAACCCGCUGAAACAGAACCAGCUAAAAAAGACGCGGAGCUUAGUGUCAGUUUGCUUGAUAUCCAAGUCGGUCUAAUUCGCAAAGCAUGGAAGCACCCAUCAGCAGAUAGUUUGCUGGUUGAAGAAAUAGAUGUCGGGGAGGACAAAGUGAGGCAAGUAGUUAGUGGCUUAGCAAAGUUUUGCAAUCCCGAUGAUCUAACGAAUCGCCUUGUUGCGCUCAUCACAAAUGUCAAACCUGGAAAGCUAAGAGAUGUAAUGUCACAAGGACUGGUUCUUUGUGCUUCAAGUGAAGAUCACUCGGUGGUAGAACCGUUGCUGCCACCUGCUGGGGCUAAACCAGGAGAGCGUGUUUCAUUUGCAGGGAUUGAAGGAAAGCCAGAAGAUGUACUAAACCCGAAAAAGAAGCAACUAGAGAAGAUAACACCGGGUCUCUACACUGAUGAAAAUGGCGUAGCCACAUACAAAGGCAUACCAUUUAUGACCUCAGCUGGACCUUGCACUUCCAGCAUCCCCAAAGCAACUAUCAAGUAGUGAACUUUAUACUUCCUUCUUUCUCUUCUCUUGCCUUUUUUCUUUGAUAUCACAAACUCAGUUGGAAAAAAAAAGAAGAUAUGUUUUGUCACAAUUCGAAUUAAUCUCUAACUUUGUUCUCAUUAACCUGUUUUGACUCUCUUUUUCCUUAUGAGCUUUCUGCUACUGGAUUUAGAUUUUACUUUCUCCUUUCAA